UAGCCCCCCACUCGCAUGGUCGCUGCUCUGUCGCAGUAGCUGCGGCAGAAAAGCGCCACAACGCUCAGUUGCUCGAGAAACUUUGUGCGAGACAUAAGCGAAAAAGUGAACGCGGCAGAAAAACAUAAACAAACCAAACAGUAAACCAAAAAUGUGGCUGAAUCCUAGUCGGCUCAGUGGCAGCCAGGUAGUGGUGGUGCUACUUCUACUGGCACUGACCACCGAAGAUGUCCAGGCCAAGCGGUGGUCUACUGGCGGCGGCAGCAAGAGCCGGGGCGGCGGAGGAUCACUCUUUGGCGGUUCCCGCAGGACAUCUUCCUCUUCCUCGAGCUCCCAUUCUCACUCGUCCUCGUCGGGAAGUCAUUCGUCGCCCUCCUAUCAUGCACCUCCGGCGCAUCACGAUCCCGUGAGGCUAUCCUACCCCAGCUCCCACCAGCCGGUGAGCAAGGUGAGCAGUUCGCAGUCCCACGCAGCUCCCAAGCCAGCAGCCCCAGCUCCCGCAAUCGGAUGGAAUGUUCCAUCCAAGGCGCAAGGACCGCCGCCGGCUUACUCGGCCUCGAAUCCUGUGGGAGGUGCUCACACCAACAUCCACGAGAAACCACCAGCCUACAAUCCAUCGUACAGACCGGCACCACCCAGUUAUCCUGCUGCCACCCAGACGCACAACACGAAUCUCCAGAGCGCCUCUCGACCGGCCACCGGAUCUAGUUCAAGCUCCUCCGGAACCCAUUACUACGGCGGCACUGGCACUGGCUACCGGAAUAGGGCCAACUCCACUGGUGGGUUUGGUGGAUCAUCCGGAGGUUACACUCCCAUCACAGCCACCAAUGCCCACAACGUGCAGUCCAGCUAUCCACGGCAGAGUCUGCCAGCCGGAGCCACCUACCAUCCGGCUGGACAAAUUCCCCCAGGCGCCACCUAUCACCCGGCUGGUCAUCUGCCGGCAGGGGCCACCUACCAUCCCGCGGGUCAGGUGCCGCAGGGAGCCACUUACUAUCCGGCAGGACAGUUUCCGGCCGGUGGCAGUUACCAUCCGGCGGGAGGCUUUCCGUCCGGAGCCACUUACCACCCAGCCGGCGCUGUUCCUCAUGGAGCCACCUACUACCCGCAAGGACCUUCAGGACUGCCGCCAGGCGCCACCUUCCUGCCCGCCGGAGGAGCCCUGCCCGCUGGAGCCACCUACUACGCACAGCCACCAGUGGUUCAGAAGUCUUCUGGUCCUGGACUGGGAACUGGUCUUAUUGCUGGUGCUUUGGGUGGUGCCAUUCUGGGACACGCCCUCACUCCCACUCACACUCGUGUCGUGGACCACUCCUACUCGGGCGGCGGUGGUGGAGGCGGAUAUGGCGGUGGCAACUCUGGCGGCGGUGAUGACAAGAUCAUCAUUAUCAACAACGGACCUCCUGGCUCGGUGACCACCACCAGUGCGGGCUCUGGCACCACGGUGAUCAAUACUGGAAACCAAGCUGCCCCAGUUGCUCCUGCACCCGAAGCUCCUGCCUAUGGAUCUCAAUUCCCUGAGCCACCUUCCCCAGGAUCUGCUCCGCUGGCUCCUUUACCGCCUGCGCCUGCUGCCCCGGGUGCUGCUCCACUGGCGCCUUUGGCUCCUCUGCCCCCAGCACCCAUUGAGCCUGCAUCGGUUGCUUCCGUAAACUCUGCGCCUCCUGCACCUGGAACUCCUGCUGAUCCCAACGCACCGGUACCUCCCGCUCCUCCGGCUCCCGGAGCACCGGCCGAUCCAAAUGCGCCACCUGCCCCUGGUGGCCUUAUCUGUGUGCCCAUAAAGACACAGCAGCCAGAUCCCAAGGAUCCCACCAAGACGAUUGAGGUGGAUCAGAUCGCCUGCUAUCCAGCGCCACCUCCAGAACCGGCUGUCAAUGGCACACAGGAAGCUGUGGCCGCUCCGGUAGCUGCCGGAGGGUCCGUUCAAAUGGUCCCUGCCGAGGCAACCACACCUAUAAACAUUCCCGAGGGCUCUGUGCCCCUGGCCCCAAUCCUACCCGGUGGUCAGCCGGAUAUAAUGAAGAUGCCCGGACUCACAUCCGCUCGAUUGUCGGCGGAAUCGGGCCUGAAGGAUGCCCACAACACGGCCCAACAGACCUUCGGUCAUUUUGGCUUGCUCUCCACGCUGGUAGCCCUCCUGGUGGCCCACUGUCUCCAUUAGAGAAAUCCGGAGUCUGCUUCCCCCUCUCAAGGACGCCGCGUCAUUGGCAACCGGAAAGCUUUAUUUAAUUUAUUGCCAGUCUGCGGGACACGAGAUUCGUCGGGACGCACACACGUUCGUUGAAAGCCCGACCUGUCGGUUGUCCUUAUAUUUACAUACACCUACUUUGUGACAAUUCGAAUUUUUUAUAUAUACUCGUAGUUCUGUUAGACCUCAAAUUAAGCCUUUAAUAAAUUUACGAAUCGAUCAAAAAAA